AUUUCUGCUCGAUGUGACUCAAACUUGCAGAAGUCCAGCUUCCCUCAAAACGAUCCGUUUCUUUCAAUUUAUCCAACCGGGCAGAGAGUUCGUCCAAUCAGCUCAGCUCAAUCUAAAAAAACCCAGCAAAAUAGAUAAACAUUUGUCUUUAACAUAAAACUCAGAGCAGAAGCUGCUGACUUUCAUCAGUUUUGGAGGUUCUUCGGUUUACUCGAACAUUUUUAACAUGUUUUACUACCCGGCUGUUUUAAACCGUCGCUCAGGAUGUUUCUCUACAAUCUGGCUGGUUGCCACAAAAGGCAUCAAAGUUCCUCGCAGGGAUUUCCUGAGAGUCAACGUGAAAAGGACUUGCGAUGACAUCAUGAACUACGUGCUGGAGCAGGUCGCCCCGCCUCAACCCGGCCUGCCGCGACCCCGCUUCUCCCUCUACCUCUCCUCACAGCUGCAGUACGGCGUCAUCCUGGUCUACCACCGGCAGUGCACCAUCUUUCUGGAGGAACUCCAGUCCAUUCUGGGCCAGCUGUUAAAACAAAGAAGCUCAGGGAAAACGGAUCUUUCCGGCCAAAGCAAGUCAGCUGCAGUUCUGCCUGAUGCCCUGUUUCUCAUGGAGGACACAGAAGGAGCUCCGGAUCCUUUAUUUGGAGCGAUGCUCCUCCAGGACAUGAUGCCCAGCCCGACGCAGCUGAUGCAGAUGAAUUGGGAAACUCUGCGAGAAUCCUCUCCUGAGCUUCACGAACGGAGCAGCUCGGCUACAUCUUCUUCUCCACAUCCGGAAAAUGGCAUCUCCGCUUCCCCAGAAUCCAUCACUCUGAGCGAGCCGGUACCCGACGCUGCCCCCGCCGCAGAGUUUGAUGAGGAAGACUUCACUGAUUAUCUUCCAGAAACUGUUGAUUUACUCCUGGACCAACCGGAUCACUUUCAAGAAGGAGGUUUGGAGCCAACACAAGAAGAGAUGAGAGAGGAGGAGAAAGAGAAGACGAAGGAAAUGACUCCAUCCAUCACAGACCUGCAGCUGCCCACCGUCUCCAGCGAGGGCCCUGAGCUGCUGCCUCUGGAGGAGCCGGGCCCCUCUGAGGAAACCCCCUUAAUGCCCAGAGACCAGGUCACCCCAGUGUCAGCGCCCGGCGUCCCCUCACCGCCGUCUGCAGCGCGGCGACGACACAGGAGCCCCGAGUUAGAGGAGGUCCAACCUGAGGUGAAAAAGAGGAGGAGGAGGAGGAGGAGGCAGCUGGUGUUCUUCGAUCCGGAGACGCAGCUCUCGGAGACGGAGCAGCAGCAGCAGAUUGAGGAGCCUCUGACUGAGACCAGAGUGCUGGUCGUCGCCCCGCCUCCUUCUCACCGGGUCAUUCCUGCCGCCGAGCUGCUCAGCAAUUCCUGCUGCUUUUUGCCUGAGGAGAUUCUGUCUCUGUGGAGACGGGCGGCGGUCAUAACGCCGCUGUCGGGGCCUGACCUGCAGGUCGGGGACAGGGGGCCCGAGUCCACCGACUCGGAGCGUGAGCGAGAACGGGAGGCAAUGCAGGAGGCGGCAGCAGAGGAGCAGAGAGCCGAUGAGAUUUCCACAGAGGUCCAGAGAGGAAUGGAGGAAUCUGAGAUGAUGACAAUUUCAGCUCACGACGCUCCGUCUCUGGAGGGAUCGGACCAGCGGGAGGCGUCUCGAGACAUUUCUCCUCUGUACACGUCUGAGAGAGAAGGGUCCACCGUCUCCACGGUGCUGCAGGACAUCCCAGAGGCGGUGGACGAGAGGAUUGAAGAGUUGCCAGUAGAAUCCCCUCGGUUGCUGCCGGAGUUGGUGGAUUUUGAAAACGAGCCGAUGCUUUUUCAUUCAGUUUUACCGUCUGGAGCCAACCGCAGAACAGUCAGCUGCGUUUUUCAGAGGCUGCUGGAGAAUUUAUCGUCCAACAGGAUUUCUGCUGAGCAGGAAGAGCCGUAUGGAGACAUCGUGAUCCUCCCCGGACCCAGAUAUGAAGAACUGGAUCAGCCGUCAUAAUCUGCAGAAUCUCAGCUGAGACUCUGAGGAUUUCUGAAUUCUCUAUUUCACCCAAUAAUUCUGUCUUCAACCACUGUGUAGUUUUAAAAGUUGCAUGAUUUCCAAUGUGUCCCUUUAUUAUGUAUUACUAGAAUGAGUUUUGCGGUUUUAAAGUUCUUUUUUUAUUUAGCAAAAGGAGAUUUACAUCAGUUUUCUGUCUUCCUGGUGGUUCUCGCAGGUUUUACCAAUACUAAAUUUGAUUUUAUUGUUCCAGUUUUCAUAUUUGAAAUCAAAGCUCCCUGGUUCUGUGUUCCUUUCAACAAUAAAAUGUAUUUCUGUUGAAUUUGUGCUGAUUAUUCUACAUGC